AUGUCAGUUAAUAUCAAACAUGCAGGCAAGGUUUAUCCUAUGAAAUUGUCUGCAACCACAACAGGGGCAGAUUUAAGGGAAUCAGUAGAGAGAUUAGUCCAAAUUCCUAGCAGCAGACAAAAAUAUAUGAUAAAAGGUGGAUUGAUAGAUGAUGUUUUGGUUAGCGAUGUGAUCAAACCGGGUGCGAAUGUGAUGUUAUUAGGUACACCUGAUAAAGAUCUAAUAGUCAAACCCAAAAAUACUGAGAAAUUUAUCGAGGAUUUGGAUAAGAAUGAACAGGGACAACAUCUGAGCAAAAUGCCAAUGGGCAUUGCGAAUCUUGGCAACACUUGUUACAUGAAUGCGACAUUGCAGGGAUUGUUUCGCAUUGAUCCGUUGCGGGAACAAGUCCUGGAAUUUGAUGAGAAGCGUGCUAUAAAAGAAGGCGUUGACACCUAUCAUGCCCAGCUUGUGCGUGAACUCAAGGUCACAUUUCAAAAAUUGAAAGACAGAAAGGGAGAGAAUAUUACCCCGCUAUUAUUAUUGGAGAUUCUAAGGAGAGUAUUCCCACAGUUUUCAGAGACAGACCCACAGGGAGGGUUCUACAAACAGCAGGACGCCGAAGAGUUAUUUACACAGUUAUUUCAUACUUUGAAGACAGUAUUUGGGAGCAAACUAAUGGAUAACUUUCAAAUUGACUUCAGGACCACUUUGCAGGAUACUACGAACGAAUCAGACGUCAUUGAGAAGGUUGAAGACGAUUUGAAGUUACAGUGUCAUAUUACUGGUGCGACUAAUUUUAUGAAAUCUGGUAUUAAAGAAUCCUUAAGAGAAAAUAUAACAAAACGUUCUGAACUAACUGGUGCUAGUUCCACUUACAGCGUUGAGAAGAAGAUUACCAAAUUACCAGCUUAUUUAACUGUGCAGUACGUUCGUUUUUUCUGGAAGAAGUCCACUGGCAAAAAAUCCAAAAUCUUGCGCAAGGUCCAGUUCCCAUUUCAGCUUGACGUCGCUGACCUUUUAGACUCCGACUACGCCCAAGAAAAGAUCAAAGUCAGAGAUGCUAUCAGAGAAGUCCAUAAAGAGCGUGUAGAUGAGAAUGCAGAAGUAAAACGCGCUCAGGAAAACGUUUCUUCCCCCUCGGCAACACAAGCGUUGGCGUCUAUUUCUUCCACGGCAGAGAGUAGAAACGAACGCUGGGCGACCGAGGUUAAGGCCCUGUCUCCCCCUGAUCUACGUCCAGGUGAAAAUCCUUCCUGCAUUUAUGAUCUUAUUGGUGUCAUUACCCAUCAAGGGGCUAACUCUGAAUCUGGUCACUAUCAGGCCUUCAUCAGAGAUGAUGCCGAUGAGAAAUGGUACAGGUUCGACGACGAUAAAGUCACUGCAAUCGAAAAGGAAAAGAUAGAGUCUCUUGCGGGUGGUGGUGAAAGCGAUAGUGCUCUCAUCCUUAUAUAUAAGGGACUUGGCUUAUGA